GCCCGGCUCUGCGUCAAGGGGCUGGAGGUGGAUCUGCUGGAGGUGGGUGGGAGCCAGAACCUGCGAUCAUACUGGCGCCACUACCUGAGCCAUGCCCACGUGCUGGCAGCCCUGCCUGUGCACGAUCCCUGGCAGGACCACACAGGCAGGAUGGGGCUCCUGCCAGCCAGCAGCGCGGAUCCCAGGGCUGCUCCCCUCCUCAGCCGCUGCCUCUCUCCCCUGCAGGACAAGAGUGAUGCCCUGAGCACAGCAGAGCUACGGGAGGAGCUGGCCUUGCACACGCUCAGCGAGGAGCGAGAAGUCUUCCUCCUGCCCACCAGUGCAACCUGGGACAGCCUGAGCACUGCCACCAGUGUCCUCCACGUGAAGAACCUGCUGGUCACUCUGCUCUCCCAGCCCUGA